AUGGCCAGCUCUCUUCCCGAAAGUAUUCCAGAAACUCAUCCCGCUGUGGUUAUUGUCGCUGCUAGGGCUCCUCUCGAAAUUCUCAAUCAGCAGACUGAGGCGCCUGGUGCAGGCGAGGUUCUUGUUCAUGUCGAAUGGACUUCCUCCACUCCUCUGGACCUCCAUCAGGCUGAUGGUGGGCUAUUAGUGAAGCCGCCCCAGGUUAUGGGCUCUUCGUUUGGCGGCACUGUCGCGGCCGUCGGUCCUAUCGAUCCCGCCAAUCCAGAUUCCCACAACCCCAAGCUACAGGUGGGCGACAAAGUAUUCGGAUUCGCCUUUCGUAAUGCUAGGGAGAAAAGCCACCAGACUUACUCGACAACCUCAACUUAUUUAUGCAGCCGCCUGCCAGCAAAUCUCACUCUUGAACAAGCUGUUGCUGUACCCGCGAAUCUAGUCACGGCCUUUCACACCAUUACAGCAGACCUUGAGCUGCCGCUCCCGUGGCCGGUCCAGGAACCAAGCAAAGAGAGCCGUAAUGCUCCUAUCCUUCUAUGGGGAGCAGCAAGUAGCGUCGGGGAUUAUGCGCUGCAAGUCCUUCACCAUUGGGGCUAUGAGAAUGUGCUUGCUGUUGCAAGUGGAAGACACCACGAACGACUCAAGGCGCUGGGUGCCAAGGCGACUUUCGAUUACAAUGAUUCGAAUGUGGUAGAACAAAUCCUUAGUUUUGCUGGCACGAUCUCAGAUGCUGAACCUCGAAUUCCCUAUAUCUUGGACUGUAUUGGCUCGCUGGAAAGCACAUUGCGGCCACUCACCAAGAUUGCGGAACCAGGAGCCAAAGUGGCCGUUAUGCUGCCUGUUAUAAACGUCCAUGCGACUAAAGAUACGCCACCAGAAUACGAAAUGGACGUUUCCAAGUCGCUGCCAGACGAGUGGAGGGAAGGUGUCAAGGUUAUGGGAACGCGAACACAUUUUUACCUGCGCAACGAAGUCUUCAAGGAGCUUUUACAAUCUGAGAUUGUGCCAACUUUACUGGAAAAGGGCAUUAUCCAGCCAAACAAAAUCCGUAUAGUGGAAGGCAAGACGUUGCUGGAACGAGCUGAGAAUGCUUUGAGCUUGUUAAGGGAUCAAGCUCCGAGUGGAGAGAAACUGGUCUGGAGAGUUGCGGAUGAGAAUGAGUAA